AUGGAUUUGGAAUUUGCGUUCAGUAACUCCUUAAAAAAAUCGCAACCCUGCCUGAACUCACGCAUAAUCGAUAACUUAUUAUCGGCGGCCGUUGAUAAACAUACAUUGUUUACAUUUUAUUUAGUUUUUAAAUUUUUCCCUUUGGCCGCACAUAACACAAGCCACAGAAUCGUCAAUCGACCGCCGUCUCAAAAAUCACUAUAUAACGCACAAUCCUUUAACUUAUUUCAGCGACCUAUUUGGUUCCCGAAAAACGUCGGUCAAAAGCGAAAUUUGGGACAAGGCGUAAUUAAAUUGCACAAGAUGACUUCAUACGCAGAUGCAGUCUACCAAGGGACCGCAACGAUGAACCGAGAGGUUAAGAGGACUGGCUGGCCAAUUUGGCGGCAUCAGCAGCCCUCGGAGGAAUUUGUUGUUGAGGAACACAGUUGUAGUCACUCCGACUAGGAACGGACUCACCGGCACUUUGAUUCCUGCGUGAUUCAGUUAUAAUUUCUCCGUCAAAACUUGUACUGCAUUCAAAACGAAAUGUUGGGUCUUCCAAAAUAAAAUAAAUUUGUUUGAAGUACAACAAAAAUGUAUUUGUACUCCCAAAGGAAACGGAAGUCGGUCUUCUCCAGAAACAAAUGUAUCCAAAAAAAUAUCGGCCUCCUCUGAAAGGAAAUGUGUCUUCCAAAAAUCUUGGUUCUUCUCCAGCAAUAACUGUGUGAUCUCAAAAGGAAGGUGUGUUUCUUCAGAAAAAACGAGGAUGUCUUCCAAAGAGGUUAUGGGUUCCUCCGAAAAGAAAUUUUUGGUUCCUCAAAAAAAUGUGGGUUUCCUCCAGAAAAAUAUAUUUGUGUUUCUCCAAAAAAAAAGAAUCCCGGGGCCCUUUAUUAUGGGACCCCG